UGCGAUCCCAUGCCCAAGUCUACUUCUUGGGUGCAAGAGAUCAUUGCAGUUUGCUGCCAACUAAGAUAAGUUGCUGAUACUCAGAAUCACCAACGAUGGCAGUGUAUCUUCUGCAGGUGGUUGUGGAGGCGGAGGUGUUCCCCAAGAUUUUCACUUGCCUCAAGGAUGCGGAUCUUGUUGUGCGAAAAAAUGCGGGAACAAUGAUUCGAGAAGUUGCCAAACACACACCAGAGCUUGCACAACUUAUUGUCAGCAAUGGUGGAGUGGGUGCUUUGGUUGAUUAUGUGGCUGAGAGCGAGGGAAACAACAGGCUACCAGGGAUCAUGGCCUUAGGUUACAUUUCAGCAUUUUCAGAAACACUGGCUUUAAGUGUAAUUGCCUCCAAAGGCAUUGCCCCUAUCAUGCAUGCUCUGGUCAAUGAGCCUGAAGACCAUGUCAAGAGCGCGAGUGCAUGGUCACUUGGGCAGAUCGGACGCCACAGCCCUGACCAUGCAAAAGCCAUUGCAGACUCUGGCUCCUUGCAGCAUCUCGUAGCGGCACAUGUGGCCAUGACCAGCAGCGACGACCUUAAGACGAAGACCAAGCGUGCCUUGAAAGGAAUUGUGGAGCGGUUAACAUUCUUGCCUGCACUCGAUUCCUUGUUGCAGGAACCUCGUGCACCGGAGAGCGUCAUUAAGUAUGUGCUUCACCAGAUCGCCAAGGUUCUACCGAAUGAUUCAGAGUCUCGACACUCAUUCGUAACAUCCGGAGGGUUCGCCAAGGUGCAGCAGCUUCAGGCAGCUCCAGGAACAAAGCUCCGUGAACAUGUGGAUGCAAUCAAUAGCUGUUACCCUGAUGAGAUUGUUAAGUACUACUCACCUGGCUAUUCGGAGUCACUACUGAAAAAGCUUCUGCCAGCGACCACUGCUGCCCCAGCAGUUGUUGCCACUCAAUAAUGAUCGCCAAAUUCCGGCUGGCUGAUGGAUUGGUCGAUUGGUGGAUGGGUUGCUGACCGGCUGAUCAAUGGAUGCUUCCGCGGCAGAAUACGGCUUCUGCAGUCCUCUGUGAAUAACUGCUUACUUCACACGAGGAUUGGAAGUCCAAAAACAAAAAUAAAAAUAAAAAUAAAAUAGUGGCAGCGAAUUGAAAAUGAAGUGCGGGUAAACACCAGCCAGUUCCUUCUGAGUCUGGGUCUGCUGUACUGCUGCCAUUUUCAUGCGAACUUAGCUGAAUCAAGCGUAAGUAGUUUUUUUACUGUAGUUAUCUUCACAAUGCUUCUGUGAAAAUUUUGACGCCUGAUAAAGACUGACUGUGUGUUUCCGAUGCAGUGAAGAUAGUUGCAGCAUGACCAGGACCGCCUGCAUGCAUCCAGUUUUGCUAGAUGAAAUAUUGUAUGGUCUAAUUUCAAGCAACUGCAAGGGGUUGGUUCCUACCAGCUCAUGAAGAGCUCAUACUAUCAGAGAGUGGUUCAGACUUUUGGAGUGAAUUCUGCAACACAAGGAUCAGCUGCAGCCCAAACAGGUUCAAAGUUCAAACCUGGUGCAAAUGAUAUACAGACCGCCGAACGAACAGGUUUAAAGUUUGAACCUGAUCCAAAUGAUGUGGCAGUUGUUGGCCAAACAGGUUCACCUGUGGUUUAAAUAACAUAUGUGUUGGACUGCUACAGAAAGAGGUAGAAUCAAAAGAAUUUUGCUAG